CAGCCUGGAAACACCCAGUUUUGCAAUCCUGGAGGCACCCCAGCUUUUCCGUUCCCGAGCGCCUCGGCUUGCUGCUGGCCUUCAGUUUCCUCGUCUAUGAAAUGGUGACGAUUCACCUCGCUGCGCUCGGAGUUAGAGCGCAGAUCACGGAAGCCCAGCCUGACCGCACGGAGGAAGUGUAGCCUCCCUGCGUCACAGCCCGGAACCCCGGCCCAGAUGCUCGGGGACCAGCCCCGGCUGCACGGCCGAGCUGUGCAGCAGCGCUGGAGCCCCGCGGAUCUGGCUCGGGAGGACUGCUUCUAUCCUGAGAUCUCAGCUUGCAUCGCACCACUUCCUGAAAUAGGCCCUCCUGCGCCCUGCAGCUGUCUCCAUCCUGGGCACCGAUAAUUCUCAGACAUGAUCUUCGUUCACUGUGUUGGUACCCUUACCCAUCCGCCUGGGAGCUCUGCAGGGCAUCCAGAGUGGGCACGGUAUACAGUAGGCACUCAGUGUUUGUUCACAGUGAGACCCAAGAGCCCACCUGUGUCCAUGUUGCUCAGGUGAUGGUGGCUGCCCCUUUACCCUGCACCUGGGUGUGUACACCCGUGCACCUGUAGGGGGUGGAGCAGGAGUCCUCUCUCCCCUUCCCUGAUUCUUUGUAGACCUUUUUCUCCCCCCAUCUUUUCUCCCCUGCCCCAUCAAUCAUCCCAAAGGACUCAGAAACGCAAGAAUGACAAAGUUGGCAGGCGGCUGACCUGUGCCCACCUGGAGCCUCCCACAGACCAGAGCCUCUCAGCCAUCCGCCUCCAGCCCCAGCGAGGAGCCACCAGAGACAGAGGAGCUUGAAAGAUGAGGCAGCAGGACCUGGCCCAGCUGACAAACAGGAAGUGCACAGAUGGGGAAGACCAAGUCCUGUUGAAAGUACACAGACCCCAACCUCGGGCCCCACAGAGCUCAGUGCAAGUGUCACAGGAUGGAGAAGACCUCACCCACCAACCCUGGUACCACGGUGCCCUGUCACGCCAGAAGGCUGAAGCUCUUCUUCUCCAAGAUGGUGACUUCCUGGUUCGUACCUCUGGGUCCCGUGGGGACCACCCUGUGAUCUCAUGCCGCUGGCGGGGAUCUGCUCUACAUUUUGAGGUGUUCUGUGUGACCCUGCGACCCCGGCCAGGCCGGCCUGCAGCACUCUUUCAGCUGGAGGAUGAGCGAUUCACAAGCGUGCCAGCACUGGUGCACAGUUAUGUGUCCGGCCGUCGCCCACUGUCCCACGCCACAGGGGCUGUGGCCUCCAGGCCUGUGAUCCGGCAGGGGCCUCUGCAGCGCAGCUUCAGCGAGGAUGCUCUUACGGACAGCCCGGUUCAGACAGCGUCUCUCAGGGCUAGGAAGUGGAGCAUCAGUCAGCCUGCAGACUUGGAGCACCUGGGGCAGGCCACAGAAGCCCGCUCUGGACCAGGAGCCUCCACCACUACGCGCCCACCUUCCCUGCUCCGGAUGGGCAGUGACCCGGCGUUGCUGAGGGAACCCGCUCCCUUGGGGGUCACCGCUGACCGCCUCAGCGCCUCUGAUGGGCAACUUCAUGCCAAGGCACCAACCAAGCCCCCCCGGACACCCUCACUGACGCUUCCUGAGGCCUCUGGACCCCCCACAACGUACUGUGAGCUGGUUCCCCGAGUGCCCAGCACCCAAGGGACAGCUCCUGGCCAAAGGUGUUCACAGCCAGAGGCCCUGUGGUGGGAGGCUGAAGAGGAGGAAGCGGAGGAGGACAGGUGUUUUGUAAGACCACAGGGCGAGGUCACUUUUUGCCCUCGCGACAACCCCUCCUGCCUGCUGGGCCCGCAGAAUCGGCCCCUGGACCCCAAGGUCCUGCACACUCUCCGCGGCUUGCUCCUGGAGCACCACGCUGGGAGCACCGCCCUCCACCUGCUGUUGGUGGACUGCCAGGCUGCAGGCGUUCUGGGAGUGACCAAGGCUCAGCGAAUGGCCAUGGGGGUCUCCUCUGGCCUAGAGCUGCUCACUCUUCCCCAUGGACAUGGUUUGAGGUUGGAACUGCUGGAGAGGCUGGAGACCCUGGCGCUGGCUGGGGCGCUGGCUGUCUUGGGGUGCGCAGGGCCGCUGGAGGAGCGCACGGCCGCGCUGAGGGGCCUCGUGGAGCUGGCGCUGGAGCUGCGGCCCGGGGCGACAGGGGACCUGGCCGGGCUGGCCGCGGUCAUGGGCGCUCUGCUUCUACCCCAGGUGUCGCGCUUGGAGUGCACGUGGCGCCAGUUCCGACGGAGCCACACGGAGGCCGCGCUGGCCUUCGAGCAGGAGCUGAAGCCGCUGAUGCGCGCUCUGGAUGAAGGCUCAGGCCCCUGCGAGCCCGGCGAGGUGGCGCUGCCGCACGUGGCGCCCGCGGCGCGCCUGCUGGAGGGCGAGGGCCCGGAGGAGGGGCCGCCGGAGGAGCGCUGCGAGCGGCUGCUGCGCACCCUGCAGGGGGCGCGUCGCAUGGCGUCCGACGCCCCCAAGUUCCGCCGGGCGGCUGCUCUGCGCUUGCGAGGAUUCAGGCCUAAUCCGGAGCUGAGGGAGGCGCUGACCACCGGCUUCCUGCAGAGGCUGCUCUGGGGAAGUCAGGGCGCCAGGGCACCGAGAGAGGAGCGUUUCCAGAAGUUCCAUCGUGUCCUCAGCAUGCUGUCCCAGCGUCUGGAGCCUGGCCACUGAGACGGGCACAGGCACCCAGGUGCCCCACGCUGCCCUGCCGGGGACUACCCAGAGCCCGGCACCCUAGGGGGCUGAGACAGGAGGAUCAGAAACUGGAGCCCAGCCUGGCAAUCCAGAGACCCUGCCUCCAAAAAUAAAAAGGGCUGGGGAAGGAGCUCAGAGUGAAGGCCCUGGGUUCCAUCUCCAGUACUAGAAAUAUCUCAGAA